AAAACGGCCUUGGGCCCACUCCUGCCCUCGGGCUUGGCAACGGAUGGAAACGCUCUUAGGCUAUGCUCGUGUUGUUUUCCAACGAUUGAGAGCGUCGGGUUGACGCGUGAAGCGGAAUCUGUCGAAUUGAUGCAGUGGGUGGUCGCCGGAAGAAAGUCAGCCGGGAUUUGUUGAGAGCGGAGCGGGUGUUGGGUACGGCCCUUGUGACUCCGGCCAAUCCCCCGCCACUAGUGUUGUGGCGAGUCGGGAUUUAAGGUUUGCACAUUACAUACUUUGUGUAGUGGAAAAUAUAUUGGUGGAAACUUCAUAUAAACAAAGGAGAUUCUGACUAGUUUCGGCUAAGAAAAUUGGCUUGAAAAGUUCAUCCAUAGCAUGAGAGUAGCUUUCCAAACUGCUUUACUAAGCUGCGAGCCUAUCUUUGUUCCCAAGCUCCGUCGAAGCUGCUAUCCACAUCCCAGCCUCCCAAUCUCCUGGUUUCCCACGAAAACCCGAGUGUUUUCUCCUUGCAGAGCAAUCAUGGCAGUCCCAUCUCGCCCUACCGUACAAGUGCGGGACAACAUCGAACUGAAUGAAACCGAAAAGAAGAUAUUUGAUAGGCUGCUUGGAACGGUUCGCCAUUUUGGCCUACAGAACCAGCUUCGUGUCGCUGGCGGAUGGGUCCGUGAUAAGCUUCUGGGAAAGGACUGUUAUGACAUUGAUAUCGCUUUGGACAACAUGUUAGGCAGCGAAUUUGUAGAAAAGGUUAGGGACUACUUGUUGCAUGUUGGGGAAGAGGCACAAGGAAUUGCUGUUAUUCCAUGCAAUCCUGAACAAUCAAAACAUUUGGAAACGGCGAGGAUGCGCAUAUGUGAUACAUGGAUUGAUUUUGUCAACUUGAGGUGUGAAGAGUAUUGUGAGAAUAGUCGCAUUCCUACUGUGCAAAAAUAUGGCACAGCAGAGGAGGAUGCAUACAGAAGGGAUUUAACCAUUAACAGCUUGUUUUACAACAUUAAUACCAGCUCAAUUGAAGACUAUACCAAAAGAGGAAUUGCAGAUCUGAAAUCUGGAAAAAUAGUGACUCCUUUACCCCCAAAGUCCACAUUUAUGGAUGAUCCACUACGAGUUCUUCGAGCUAUCCGUUUUGGAGCAAGGUUUGGAUUCAUAUUAGAUGAAGAACUAAAGGAAGCAGCUUCGUGUGAUGAAGUGAAAGCUGCUCUCUCAGCUAAAAUUAGCAGAGAGCGCAUCGGUACUGAAAUUGACCUCAUGAUCUCUGGAAAUCAACCUGUCCAAGCUAUGACCUACAUUUGUGAUUUGAAGUUAUUUUGGGUUGUCUUCAGUCUUCACCCUAAGUAUGAGCCUGCAGUACCGGAAGGAUGUGACAGGCUUUGUGUUGCUUACUUGGAUGCUACAUGGAACCUUAUUCAAUUAAUUGGGAACUCUACCUUUAAUGAUGAACAAAGAAGGCUCGCUUUGUAUACUGCUAUGUUCCUCCCACUUAGGAAGACCGUGUAUAAAGAUAACAAAGCAAAGAAGAUUCCUGUUGUGAGCUACAUUUUCCGGGACUCGCUUAAGCGAAAAGUCAGUGAUGCUGAAACAGUUAUAAAUGUACACUACGCUUUCGAGAAGUUUUUGCCAUUGAUUCCUUAUUUUGCAUCAAAUGAGGACGUACUACUCACUGAAGUUGAUUGGGAAAGAGAAUUUGUUGAUGUUCCUCUUGCUUCAAAAUCCCGAGUUUUGACAGGAUUUCUUCUACGAGAACUCAAAGAUUUUUGGCGAGUUGCCUUGCUGAUGUCUACGUUGGUAUAUCCCCGCAACAUCGAUUGUACCGAAGAUCUUCUGAACAAGAACUUUGAACUCGAAAGGAGGAGAAGCCUGUUUAAAGCAGCUGAAGAUGCCGUACUUAAACUAGGUCUUGAUAAAAUCUGGGACAUAAAACCACUAGUGAAUGGAAGGGAUAUCAUGAAUGUUUUGCAGCUUAAAUCUGGAGGACCACUUGUCCGAGAAUGGCAACAAAAGAUACUUGCAUGGCAGCUUGCUCGCCCCUCAGCCACUGCAGAAGAAUGCCUCGAGUGGAUGAGAGAAACACAUUCAAAACGUUUAAGGAUGGAAUGAUGCUCUAGCAAUUGCUCUUGAGAAGUGCAUUUAUUAUAAGAGAAGUACAGCCAUCUAGCUCUGUAAGUAAUGGGCGCAUUGAUUGCUGAAAUCAAUCUGUAAAUUGGGGUCAUUGCAGCGAGUUAUAUCCCAGUUCACCAUCCUCAAGAGUUUGCACAAGCACUAGACAGAUGCCAACGUUCACUCUCAUGUUUCUGUUAGGAAUAUGCAUAUUACAGCUGUUAGGAACUUGAGAAUCUCUAACCACCCGUCAAAUUUUCACAUAAAAUAUGUCAUUUGCUAACCUAGGUGGUAAUUUGAAGAAACAAAUUUGCUACACAGAAUUUUGUCAGUCUAGACCACACUUCGAAUUUUAGUACCCAUUUGUUAAA